AGAGCCGAAGAUGUUGGCUCGGUCAUGUGAUCAGCUGUGUCCAAUCACAGCUGAUCACAUCAGUGCCACCUGUCAGUGUCCAUCAGUGCCUUAUGUCAGUGCCUCUUGCCAGUGCACAUCAAUGCCACAUAUCAGUGCACACCAGUGCACAUCAAUGCCACAUAUCAGUGCCCAUCUGAGCUGCCUUUCAGUGUCACCCAUCAGUGCCAGUCAGUGCCACCUAUCAAUGCCAAUCAGUGCCGCCUAUCAGUGCCAGUCAGUGCCGCCUAUCAGUGCCAGUUAGUGCUGCCUAUCAGUGCCAGUCAGUGCCGCCUAUCAGUGCCGCCUAACAAUGCUAGUCAGUGCCGCCUAUUAGUGCCAGUCAUUGCUG